UGUAACCACGAGGGGACGUGAAAACAAAACGGAACCUUUUUAUUUCGACGGGUAGGAACGACGCUAACCAAGCGCGCUCACGUUAUCGGCGUGUUUGCAGGUCACUCCAGUUGCAAAAGUAGCUCGAGUGAGGCUUCGAGCAUCUGCUGCCGGCUCAUUUACCGCAGAUUCUGGGGCUCCGUUCGCCUGCGACAGCCGUCGCAAUGUCCGCUGAUUCGGAAAAGCCUCCGGAGCCGACGGGCAAGGGCAAAUCGGGAGCGCUGAUAGUCAGUUCUCGACAGAAGGGCAACCCGCUGCUCAAAAGCCUGCGGAGCGUGCCGUGGGAGUACGGCGACAUCGAACCGGACUACGUCCUGGGCCAGACAACGUGCGCUUUGUACCUCAGCUUGCGCUACCACCAGCUCUUCCCUGGGUACAUCCACAGCCGGCUACGCUCCUUAGGUCGUGCCUUCGAGCUCUGCCUGCUCCUGGUGCAAGUGGAUGUGGCGGAUCCCCAUCCUAGUCUUCGCGAACUCUCCCAGGUGUCCUUGCUGGCCGACUGUACCUUGCUGCUGGCAUGGAGUGCUGAAGAGGCCGGACGCCACCUCGAGACUUACAAGGCACUCGAGGCCAAGCCUGCCGACGCCCUCAUGGAGAGGCAGGAUGGCGACAAAUUAUCCAAGCUGACCGACGCUAUCUCCUCGGUGCGGUCCCUGAAUCGACCGGACGCAGUGGCCCUGCUCAGUUCUUUUGGGAGCCUGGAGCGCAUCGCAGAAGCCUCUGAACAGGAGCUGAUCCUGCAGCCAGGUUUGGGACCCCACAAGGCUCAUCGGCUUCACGAGGUCCUGCACCAGCCGUUUAUGCGCCCCUAGGCCAGCUCCUCGUAAGCCUGCAGUGAAAGGACCGCCCAAGUUGCCAAGUUCAGUGUUGCCAACAUCUGGGACCACGGAGAACGAACUGUCUAGAACUCACCGUGUGACACUGGACGGCCAUGUCAGCGAAGGCGGGCCGUGCCGCCGCCUUAGGUGGCUCUACACCGAGACCGGCCUCCCACAGAAUCUGCGCCAGCUCUACUGCAUGGCCCUGGGACCCGGUGAAGAACACCCGUUAUUGCGGCUUCGACAACCACCAGCGAGUGUGGCCACAAAUGAGUUCUACAGCAACGGCAAAGCUACGCUUCCAUCUUUUGGCAGUACUGCUUGCCAGGUUUUGCCAAGAAUAAAUGCAGACGUGGCUUAAGCAAGA